UCCAUCUGCAUUACAGCGAGGAAAAUACCACCAGAUGGCGGUUUAGGAUUGCUGCUCUUCUCAAAGGCGCGGUUCUGCUCGCAUAGCCAAUUUUCAAUAUUAAAAUCCUUUCGGUCUAAAUAAUAAUAUCUAGCGAAUAAUUCGGGAGAUUGUAAUUUUGUCAGCGAUGGUUGGUGAAGGGGCUGGUGUGUUGUGAGUGAGCUGGUUGUGUCUGCAGUGUUGAGUACAUCUGUUCCAGAACUCCUGCCAUCCUGCCCAGCUGACUUCCACCCUACUCUUGUGGACGGCACACACACACCCCCCACCCACACACACACACCCUACAGCAGUCAGGAUGAUCACCUCAGAGCUUCCUGUUCUGCAGGACUCGUCUAAUGAGUCAGGAGCUACAGACGCCGUCAGUCUCAGUAUGAGUGUGAGUGAGAUCGAGGACCCCGCAGAGGCCAAGGGCAAGAAGAGGAGAGGAAGGCCGGUCAAACCUGCAACGGCCAAUAAGAAGCCCCGUAAAUCGCCGUCGGAAAAAGGUGUGGGAGGGGCGAGAGGGCGGAAGGCCAAUGGCGUGGCCCAGCACAAUGGAGAAGGCGGAGACCCUGUCACACUGUUCGAGGUCGUCAAGCUGGGGAAGAGCGCCAUGCAGUCUGUGGUGGACGACUGGAUAGAGUCCUACAAGCAGGACAGAGACAUUGCUCUUCUGGACCUAAUCAACUUCUUCAUCCAGUGCUCUGGGUGCAAAGGAACCGUGAGGAUCGAGAUGUUCCGGAACAUGCAGAACGCUGAGAUCAUCCGCAAGAUGACGGAGGAAUUCGAUGAGGACAGUGGUGACUACCCCCUCACCAUGCCUGGACCCCUGUGGAAGAAGUUCAGGUACAACUUCUGCGAGUUCAUCGGCGUGCUCAUCCGCCAGUGCCAGUACAGCAUCAUCUACGACGAGUACAUGAUGGACACUGUCAUCUCCCUGCUCACUGGACUCUCAGAUUCGCAGGUCCGAGCCUUCAGACACACCAGCACCCUCGCAGCCAUGAAGCUGAUGACGGCACUGGUAAACGUGGCGUUGAACCUGAGCAUCCACCAGGACAACACCCAGAGGCAGUACGAGGCGGAGAGGAACAAGAUGGCUGGCAAACGGGCCAAUGACAAGCUGGAACUGCUGCUACAAAAGAGGAAGGAGCUCCAGGAGAACCAGGAUGAGAUAGAGAACAUGAUGAACUCCAUCUUCAAGGGAAUAUUUGUCCACCGUUACAGAGAUGCGAUAGCGGAGAUCCGGGCCAUCUGUAUUGAGGAGAUUGGAGUCUGGAUGAAGAUGUACAGCGAUGCCUUUCUCAACGACAGCUACCUGAAAUAUGUGGGCUGGACACUACAUGAUCGACAAGGCGAGGUGCGUCUCAAGUGUCUGAAGGCAUUGCAGAACCUGUACACCAACAGAGAGCUGUUCCCCAAGCUGGAGCUGUUCACCAACCGCUUUAAGGACCGCAUCGUGUCCAUGACCCUGGACAAGGAGUACGACGUGGCUGUGGAGGCUAUCCGCCUGGUCACCCUCAUCCUACAGGGCAGCGAGGACGCGCUGUCCAAUGAGGACUGCGAGAAUGUGUACCACUUGGUGUACUCUGCCCACCGGCCGGUUGCCGUGGCGGCGGGGGAGUUUCUGCACAGGAAACUGUUCAGCAGACAUGACCCCCAGGCAGAGGAGGCCUUGGCUAAGAGAAGAGGGAGGAGCAGUCCAAAUGGAAACCUCAUCCGCAUGUUGGUGCUCUUCUUCCUGGAGAGCGAGCUCCACGAGCAUGCGGCCUACCUAGUGGACUCCCUGUGGGAGAGCUCCCAGGAGCUGCUAAAGGACUGGGAGUGUAUGACCGAACUGCUGCUGGAGGAGGCUGUACAGGGGGAGGAGGUGUUGUCAGACAGACAGGAGAGCGCUCUCAUAGAGCUGAUGGUGUGUACCAUACGACAGGCCGCAGAAGCACAUCCCCCAGUAGGCAGGGGUACCGGAAAACGGGUCCUCACAGCGAAAGAGAGGAAGACACAGAUAGACGACAAGAACAAACUGACAGAGCACUUCAUCAUGGCCCUGCCCAUGCUGCUGUCCAAGUACCAGGCAGACUCUGAGAAGGUGGCCAACCUGCUGCAGAUCCCCCAAUUUUUUGACCUCGACGUCUACAGUGCUGGAAGGAUGGAGAAGCACCUGGACGCGCUGCUGAAGCAGAUCCGGCUGGUGGUGGAGAAGCACAUUGAGAUGGAGGUGCUGGAGGCGUGCAGUAAGACCUACAGCAUCCUGUGCUCGGAGGAGUACACCAUCAUGAACCGCGUGGACAUCGCCCGCUCACAGCUCAUCGACGAGAUGACCGACCGCUUCACACACUCCGUGGAAGACCUGCUGCAGGAGGGUGAGGAAGCAGAUGAAGACGACAUCUACAACGUUCUCUCAACCCUCAAGAGACUCACAGCCUUCCACAACGCCCACGACCUGACGCGGUGGGACCUGUUUGGGAACUGCUACCGGCUGCUGAAGGCGGGGAUCGAGCAGGGCUCCAUGCCGGAGCAGAUCGCCACCCAGGCCCUGCAGUGCUCCCACUACUCCAUCCUCUGGCAGCUGGUCAAGAUCACCGAGGGAGCACCCUCCAAGGAUGACCUUGUGGCUCUCAGGAGAGUGGUGAAGUCCUUCCUGGCCGUGUGUCAGCAGUGUCUGUCCAACGUCAACACUCCAGUCAAGGAGCAGGCAUUCAUGCUGCUGUGUGACCUGCUGAUGAUCUUCAGCCACCAGCUGGUGUCGGGGAGCAGGGAGGGGCUGCAGCCCCUGGUGUUCAACCCUGACGCCCCCCUCCAGAACGAGCUGCUGUCCUUUGUGCUGGACCACGUCUUCGUAGACCAGGACGAUGACAGCCAGAGCAUGGAGGGAGAUGAGGAGGACGAGGCCAAUAAGAUUGAGGCGCUCCAUAAGAGGAGGAACCUGCUGGCAGCCUUCAGCAAGCUCAUCAUCUACGACAUCGUGGACAUGCCCGCCGCGGCAGACAUCUUCAAACACUACAUGAAGUACUAUAACGACUAUGGAGAUAUCAUCAAGGAGACCUUAAGUAAGACCAGACAGACAGACAAGAUCCUGUGUGCCAAGACCCUCAUCCUCAGUCUGCAGCAGCUGUUUAAUGAGCUGCUGCAGGACCAGGGGCCCAACCUGGACCGGACUUCAUCCCACGUGAGCGGCAUCAAGGAGCUGGCACGGCGCUUCGCCCUCACCUUCGGCCUGGACCAGAUCAAGACCCGCGAGGCUGUGGCCACCCUGCACAAGGAUGGGAUUGAGUUUGCGUUUAAGUACCAGAACCCUCGAGGGGCUGAGUUGCCCCCUCCUAACCUGGCCUUCCUGGAGGUGCUCAGUGAGUUCUCCUCCAAGCUGCUGCGCCAGGACAAGAAGACUGUCCACUCGUACCUGGAGAAGUUCAUGUCGGAGUCCAUGUCGGAGCGCAGGGAGGAUGUGUGGCUGCCCCUCAUCUCCUACCGGAACAGUCUGCUGACAGGGGGGGACGAGGACCGCCUGUCCGUCACCUCCGGGACCAGCAGCAAGACCAGCUCCAUCCGCAGCAAGAAGGGACGGCCGCCGCUGCACAAGAAACGCAUCGACGAGGAGAGUGUGGAGGGCUCGUGGAUGAUGCGUAACGACACCUUCCAGACACCGGGGGCGCUGCAGACGCCCCAGCUCACCUCCACCGUGCUCCGAGAGAACAGACCCACGGAACACAUCCCCGACCCCGACUCGGAACCUGGCUCCGAGAACGACUACGUACACAAUCCUCAGAUGCAGAUGUCUUGGCUGGGCCAGCAGAAGAUGGAGGAGGUUGGCCGGAAAGACCGGUCCAACAUCAACUACAUGAAGGCACGCAGCAAUCAGGGCGUCAGGCAGACUGUACGUGGGCUAAUGGAGGAUGACGCAGAGCCUAUCUUCGAGGAUGUGAUGAUGUCAUCGCGAGGUCAGCUGGAAGACAUGAAUGAGGAGUUCGAGGACACUAUGGUCAUUGAUCUGCCACCAUCAAGAAACAGACGUGAGAGGGCGGAAUUAAGACCAGACUUCUUUGACUCUGCAGCAAUGAUUGAGGACGAGUCGGGAUUCACCAUGCCCAUGUUCUGAUCUGGGAGACACAGCCUUCCUGAGGAACAAGAUGACCGGAAUCACCUGUCAAUCAUACUGUCAAAAACAAAACAAAAACCCCUUCUCUCUCUCUUGGUUGGACACCUGGUGGGUUUGAAGUGGAUCAGGGAUCUGUUGGGAUCCACCUCGUGGACGUCAGGGAUCCGGUCUCUACAGAGCAGCCAGAGGAUCACUCCCAACCCUCAGAAUGUCAUAACAGGUCAUAGUGAAUAUUGUCCCCAUAGGAAGUCUCACUCACCAUGCCGCUAACCUUAGCACAGUUAGCGUUAGCUCUGGUAGCCUUGUGGCUAAUCUGGCUCUGGGCUGACGCUGUGGGACUUGAGGCCUGGUGUGUCUGCCUGGCUGGUACCCCGUCACACAGAUGUGAGGUAGUUUUGGUUCCACCACCCCAGUGCCAACACCCUGUACAGUCCCUGUCAGUGUGGCACCUGUCGGUUUCAUUUAACCUGAAGAGAAUCUAGAUAUUAACUGUUCUAAAUCUCUACUCUUUUAUUUAGCCACUCACUCCCCCCCCCCCCUCUCCAUCUUUUUCCUUGUCUGUAAUGAUUGUGUACUGUAUCGAUGGUAACACACACGCACACACAAACAGCUGUGAAUGGUUGACGAAGGACUUUGAAUAAGUGGAGAAAUGUGUAUGUUUUUGUGUUGUGGGUGUGGGCCUGAGAGAGGAGAGUGUUGUGGUUUGAUAGCAGUUUGACAGACAGCCUUUGUGUCCCUCAUCCCCCUCCCUCACAUCCCCCCUCGACCUUACCCCCAUCUCAGACUCUUCCCACAUCCAAGCUCAAGACACUCGCCACAGAAUCACGGCUUUUUAAACAUAAGAGUAAAAAAAUAAAACAAAAAAGUAUUUUGAAUUCUGUAGCUUUAGUACAAAGUUUUAAAUCAAGUGACUUUUGUUGUUUUUUUGUCUGAUGUUUGUACAGCUCUUUCUGAAUAUAUAUCUUGUUCGUUGCCAAAUUGUGGCCUACAUGCUUAUAUCUUGUCCCAACAACUUAUAUCUGAUUGGUUGAAUCCAAGGUGUGGCUAUGAAGGUUAGCGGGUUUAUCGUCCAAGUCUAGUUGUGGAAUUUUUAUGGCUGCGCCUUAGUGUAACUAGGAGCUGAUUAGUCCACCGCCUUUGGCUCCAUCGGAUAGACCAAUCAUGUCGAUCUAAUGGUUGUUUUUAUCAUGGAUACCUGUCAGCCCUGUGCUCCUAAUGGUAGGUUUGGCUGUCCUGUAAAUAUCAAAGACGACUGUCUCUUUCUUGUAGUGUCAACGACAUCACUUGCCCUUAAAUGCUUUUUUUCUGUGAACUUAAUGAAAUUCUUUUUAAGAAAAUAAAAUCAGUAAUCAAUU